AGUAGUAGUAGUAGUAGUAGUAGUAGUAGUAGUAGUAGUAGUAGUGGUAGUAGUAGUAGUAGUAGUAGUAGUAGUAGUCGUAGUAGUAGUAGUAGUAGUAGUGGUAGUAGUGAGGAUCCAAGUCGGGAAGAAACCCAUAGAACUAGAAACCUCUACGCUUCUGAGAAUCUGGUUUCAAACACCCAGGGCAGGCAGCAGGAAGAGGACGAUCAUGACCCUCUUCUUGAUCUGCUUCCCCCACUGGAGGAUGACACUCCAGCACAUGCAGAACCAGCACCACAAGUACAAACAGCUCCGGGAGAUGAUGAGAAGAGGCGCCCGCGAAUAGCAUGGCCCAAGACGACAGACCGGCGGGCGUGGCAGGAGCUAGAUCGAGACGUCUCCGCUAUACUGGAAACAACCCUCCAGGGUCCAGCUGACCGAAAGAUAAGAGCAAUGACGGGCCUCAUCUAUACUGUAAGCAAAGAGAGGUUUGGCUUGGCUGAGAAGAAUACAGAGAAGCCAGCCCCAAUCAUCAGCAGAAGACAGAGGCUAAUCAAACAGACCAGAAAGGAGCUUACAAGUGUAAAGAGGCAGUAUAGAAAAGCCAAGGAAGAAGAGAAAGCUGAGCAAACAAGACAGAGGAAAAGGAAGAGGGAGAAACAGAGAGCUAGAUUCAUCCAGAAUCCAUACCAGUUCUCCAAAGACAUCCUUGACAACGAACGAUCAGGAACAUUAGAGAGCAGUAUGGAGGACAUAGAACAGCACUUACGCAAUGUCCACAGUGAUCCUUCACGGGAGGUUCCACUGGGUGACUGUUCAAGGCUAGAACCAGAAGACCCACCAGAAACUCCUUUGGACACAAAGGAGCCAUCAUUGUCUGAGGUACAGCACGUAGUGAAGAAAGCGAGGACAGGCUCAGCCCCAGGCCCGAAUGGCAUUCCUUAUCGUGUCUAUAAGAUGUGCCCUGGCAUUCUUCGGAAACUAUGGACCCUACUUAGAGUUAUUUGGAGAAAGGGCAAAAUCCCGGAUUGCUGGAAGAGAGCGGAGGGAAUAUUCGCCCCAAAGGAGAAGGACUCGAAGGAUAUUGGUCAGUUCCGGACCAUUUCUCUGCUCAACGUAGAGGGGAAGAUAUUCUUUGCAGUCCUAGCCAAGCGACUGACAACGUUCCUUACUGACAACAACUACGUUGAUACGUCAAUUCAGAAGGGUGGAGUUCCCGGAUUUUCAGGCUGCGUCGAGCAUACCAGUGUUCUCAGCCAAGUGAUCAGGGAGGCACGAGGGAACCAUGAUGACCUGACUGUAGUGUGGCUAGACCUUGACAACGCUUAUGGAUCAAUACCCCACAAGUUGAUUGAGAAGGCACUUGAGCAGUAUCAUGUACCAGACCACGUUUGUAACCUGGUAAAAGACUACUACAGAGGCAUUAAGCUACGCUUUGCUGUGGGAGACAAGACAACAGCAUGGCAAAGCUUGGAGAAAGGCAUUGCCACAGGAUGCACAAUCUCUGUGGUCCUGUUUGUGAUGGGUAUGAACCUCAUCAUCAAUGCGGCGAAGAGAGAGAGACACGUGGUCCAAAAGCAGCAUCAGGAAUCUACUUACCUCCAGUUAAGGGAUUCAUGGAUGACCUCACUCUGA